UCACGCUCGUUUUCGUAAAUAAUGUCCGCCACGACCGCCGCGAUGUCCGCCGCGGCCACCGCCGCGUCCGCGCGCGCCUCCGCGCUCUCCGCGCGCAAGUCCGUCGCGUCCGCUAAACCCUACGCCGGGAAACCCCUCAAGCUCGCGCGCCGCGUCGUCGCCGCCGCGACCGCGAAGACGUCCACCCCCGAGCUCGACAUCAACACCAAGGUGUUCGAGAAGGAGCUCGUCGACGUCGCGGGCGAGGGCGAGUACAUCGUCAAGGGCGGAAGGCACCUCUUCGAGAAGCUUCCGGAGGCGCUCAAGGGCAUCAACACCAUCGGCGUCAUCGGCUGGGGAUCGCAAGCCCCCGCGCAAGCGCAGAACUUCAGGGACUCCCUCGCGGAGGCGGGCAUGGACACGAAAGUGUGCAUCGGCCUCCGCCCGACGUCCUCGUCCAACGACGAAGCGCGCAAGUGCGGCUUCACCGAGGAGGACGGCACCCUCGGCGAGACCUUCGACGUCAUCGCCAAGUCGGACCUCGUGAUGCUCCUCAUCUCCGACGCCGCGCAGGCGAAGAUGUACCCGCGCAUCCUCGCGGCGAUGAAGCCCGGCGCCACGCUCGGCCUCUCCCACGGCUUCCUCCUCGGCGUCAUGAACUCCGACGGCACCACCUUCCGCGAGGACAUCAACGUCGUCCUCGUCGCGCCGAAGGGCAUGGGCCCGUCCGUGCGUCGUCUCUACGAGCAAGGCAAGGAGGUUGGCGGCUCGGGCAUCAACGCGUCGUUCGCCGUCCACCAGGACGCGACGGGGAACGCGACGGACAUCGCCCUGGGCUGGUCCAUCGCGGUCGGGUCGCCGUUCACGUUCGCGACGACGCUCGAGAUGGAGUACCGCUCGGAUAUUUUCGGCGAGCGCGGCAUCCUGCUCGGCGGGGUGCACGGCAUCGUCGAAUCGCUCUACCGCCGGUACACCAAGGAGGGCAUGUCCCCGGAGGACGCGUUUAAGAACACGGUGGAGUGCAUCACCGGGCCGAUCACGAAGAUCAUCUCCACGCAGGGCAUCAAGGCGGUGUACGAGGCUGUGGAGGACAAGGACGAGUUCAUGCGGGCGUACAGCGCAUCGUACAUGCCGACGAAGGACAUCCUCUACGAGUGCUACGAGGAGGUGCAGAGCACGAACGAGAUUCGCAGCGUCGUCAUGGCGGUGGAGCGAUUCGACCAGUUCCCGAUGGGGAAGGUUGGCACGUCCGCGAUGUGGAAGGUUGGCGAGAAGGUCCGCGCGGAGCGCGUCGAGGAGGACAUCCCCCUCAACGCGUUCACCGCGGGCGUGUACUGCGCGUGCAUGAUGGCGCAGAUCGACACGCUUCGCGAGAAGGGGCACUCGUUCUCCGAGGUGUGCAACGAGUCCGUGAUCGAGGCGGUGGACUCGUUGAACCCGUACAUGCACGCGCGCGGGGUGGCUUUCAUGGUCGACAACUGCUCGUACACCGCGCGUCUGGGUUCGCGGAAGUGGGCGCCGCGGUUCGAUUACAACCUCGAGCAGCAGGCGUACGUCUCCGUGGACAACGGCUCCGGGAUUGACGAGGAGAUCAAGUCGAAGUUUCUGUCCAACCCGGCGCACAUCGCGAUCGCCAACUGCUGCGCGUUAAGGCCGUCGGUGGACAUCUCCGUGAAGUUUGGCGUCGGGUCCGCGCGCGACGUGGACGUCGACUUCAAGCAGGGCGAGAAGGCGACCGCGGCGUGAGUCUUCUGCGACGACGAGACCGACGAGUCGUUUGCGAUUCGACGACGACGGAUGAUCUGAUUUUUGACACAUAAGAAACGACGCGACGCGACGUUUUAUUACGCGCCGCGGCACGCUCACGCGCAACGCAUAUGUAAUAGCAGCCAGCCGGUUUUAGCAAGCUCAUGAUUUUAAAUUAAAUGUGUGAGACUUUCGACG